UUCUCUGUGCUGGGAGGAGGAGGAAAGUAAAGCCUGGGGGAGAGGGCUGAGGAAGGUGCGGCCAAAGUUCCUCCCGUGCCACCCUCGCCGUCUGUGCCGGGAGCCACUGUCACCUGUGAGCCGGCAGCUGGGCAGAGGGGAAAAGAGAGCUGGAGAGGCCGCAGGCGGAGUGAGGACGGACACUGCGUGUGGAAGCCGGGAAGACAGCUUGGCGCUCUGAAGUCAGGUGUCAGGCCCCAUGGAGUCCGCUGACCUACGGGGCCGCCGCUGGACAGGAAUCCUGCUCUCAGCCUCACUUUUGACCGUGUGGAGCUUGGCAGCUGCAGCCCAGAUCUCCCGUGAUGCCUUCACCCUAAAAACUCUGGCCAAGCCCACCAUUUCAGUCAGCCAGGGCACAGUUAUAGAGCACAGGGAAAAUGUGACCUUCUACUGUGACACCCCAGACGUCAACAUCACCAUCCGCUGGGUCUCCAACCACCAGCCCCUGCCAUCCCAUGAGCGCAUACAGCUGUCCACAGAUGGCAAGAACCUCACCAUCCUCACUGUCCAGCGGCAGGAUGCUGGGGAGUACCAAUGUGAAGCUUGGGAUCUGGGACUCCUCCUGGUCAAGAGCAGUGACCCCACCUACCUGACUGUGUACUAUGGCCCUGACCCGGUCACGAUCAAGUGGGAGCCUGGUGUAGCCAACGGGGAUGUGGUUGAGGUGAUGGAGGGCUCCAAUGUGACCUUCUUGGCAGAAACUGAGUCUUACCCACCAGCUUUAUAUUCAUGGUAUUUCGCCAAUGACUCCAAGCCCAUCUCAAGCUUGUUCCUCAACACGAGCAGUGUUACCAUCCAUGCCGUGUCCAAAGAACACGAGGGCACCUACAGCUGCUUGGUGUCCAACACUGCCACCCAACUGACCGUCCUGGGCACUGUCAAAGUCCGCGUCCUCGAAACACUGACCAAGCCUUACAUCAUACCCCCAAACCGGACUCUCGUGGAGGACACCAACUUGGUGGUCCUGACCUGCCAGACCCCCCAUGAGGGAGUUGGAGUCCGGUGGUUCCUGGGGGACCAACUCCUCUUGCCCAGCGAGCACCUGAUGCCUAUAAACAACACCCUGGUCAUCCUCGGCCUUCGGCGGAAUGACACUGGGCCCUAUGCGUGCGAGGUCUGGAACUGGGGCAGCCAGGCGCGGAGUGAAGCCCUGAAGUUGAACAUCAGCUACGGCCCCGAUCGAGUGUACUUCACGAGCGGGUCAGAGACCCUGGCGGACAACACCAUCAGUGCGGAGCUCAACUCCAACCUGAUCCUGCAGUGUUGGGCUGAAUCCCAGCCGGACGCUGAGUUUAACUGGACCCAUGACAAAACCAGUGUGUGCCAGGGGGAGCAACUGGUCAUCGAGGCCCUGACUUGGAAACACCAAGGGAAUUACAGCUGCACGGCUUCUAACUCUGUCACACUGCUGACCUGCUCUGCCUCAGUCAUGGUCCGCGUCAUAGAUCACCAGUCAUCCCUGUCUGCAGGGGCCAUCGCUGGCAUUACUGUCGGGAUCCUGGCUGUCAUUGCCCUGGCCAUAGGGCUGGGCUGCUUCCUGCACACUGGAAAUACCAACAGGCUCUCAAGGAGAACAACAGAGGAUACCGUCUAUGAGAACAUGACACCCACUUCUGAAGAGGGUCACCCUGAAGAGCUCGGUCGCAACUGGCCCAUGCCUGUGUAUGCCAAUGUACCCGCCACUCAAGGACAGAUCCCAGUCAAAAAGAUGCUGCCAGUAGACCCUCCAGAGCAAUUAUAUGAGCAGGAAUCACCUUCCACCAUCCUCGGCGGGUAUUCUCAUGGCCCCAGGAAGCCAUCCUCCAAACUUGCAUUGCAUCCCUUGGUCCCAACUCUACAAAAAGAAAAUGCAGAGUCAAACUAUCAGGUGCUUGUGAAUCCAGAAAACAACAUCUACUGCCAAAUCAACCGUCCCACCUAAUGGAAGCAGAGAUCCUUUCUCCAGAAAUCCUAAAGAAGUCACGCUCAAUCAUAUAUUCAAUGAUGUUUAUUACAGACACAUUAUAUUCCAGCCAUUCUCUUUGUAAACCUUGUGACAUUCUGUUUCGAUGUCUUUUUCAGGCUCUAGACCCUAGCUCUCACCAAAUCUUAAGUUUUGGGCUCGUGUUUCUUUAAAAGCAAUAGAAACAAGUCAAAAGCCACCUAGAAUUAAAGGACCAAGGUCUGAUACCCAGAAGCUGGGGAUGUCAUAGUGUUUACUGUAUACAUUGUUGAUGGACACAGCAGGCGGGGAGAAGUCUGAGCCUGAGUCAGCCAGAGUGGAGCAUGGGAUGUAUCCACGGGUCAGACAAGCAGUGUCUUUUCAAAUCAUAGUAGAGGAUAAGGAACAAGGAGCUAUUAAGAGAUGACAAGAGAAAACACAGAAUGCAGCAUGGAAAUGAGGCACCUAGGGAGGUGCAGGCAUGAGAUGCUUUGAAUCUCAAGAGACUCGGGGAUGGAGAUGUGAGGAUGAGAUUUGCUAAAGGGAACAAGGAGUCCAGGAUGACUCCCAGGUUUCUGGCCAGAGCAACUGGAUGACAGUUUCUUCAGGCCACUUUCUGAAGCAACAAUGGGGAAGGAGCAAAUCUGGGACAGAGAGAGAAAUCAAGAAUUUGGUUUGACAUGUCAAGGAUCAAUCAGAGAAUCAAGUAGGCAAAUGUUCAUAGAAGUCUAAGUAACUUCUUUUCCAGCUCCGGCCCCGAUCACAGCAGUCGUCAUGAUGUUGAUGCCCAAGGAGAACCGGGUUGGCAUUUAUGAACUCCUUUUUAAGGCAGGGGUGAUGGUGACCAAGAAGAAUGUCCACAUGUCCUAGCACCUGGAGCUGUCAGACAAGAACGUGCCCAAUCUGCACGUCACGAAAGCCAUGCAGUCUCUCAAAUCACGAGGCUAUGUGAAAGAACAGUUUGCCUGGAGACACUUCUACUGCCACCUCACCAACAAGGGCAUCCUCCAACCUUCUCCCUGAGAUUGUGCCUGCCACCCUGUGCCACAGCCAUCCUGAGACUGGCUGGCCAUGGCCCAAAAGAUUGGAGGGAGAGCGACCUGCAAGGCUCACACGAGGGGAAGCUGACAGAAACACCUACAGACGAAAUGCCUUGCCCCCUGGUGCCGACAAGAAAGCUGAGGCUGGGGCUGGGUCGGCAACUGAAUUCCAGUUUAGAGGCGGAUUUGGUCAUGGACAUGGUCAGCCAUCUCAGUAAAGUUGAAAGAGAUUGUUUUGUGUUGAAUAAACCUGUAAACAGAAAAAAGUUUUUUAAAUGUCUAGUUAGAGCAGAGCUGGAAAUAUACAUUUGGGAGUUGUCAGUGGGAUUUGAAGUCAUGGGGUUAGAUGAGAUCUUGUGUCAGGGGUCCCCAGGACCACCCUCAGGCUCAAUGAUUUGCUAGAAGGAUUCACAGGACCUCCAAGUUGUUAUGAUCAUUGUUAUGGCUCAUGGCAGCAAAAGGACAGAGAGUAAAAUCAGCAAAAGGAAAAGGUACAGAUGGUGAAGUCUGGAAGAAACUAUGUUCCUCAGUUUCCAGGAAGUUGACCAAGAACUAGUCCUUUGAAAUAGGCUUUUCUGGGGGGGAAUAGGUAGGGUAUGAGCAACUCAGACCUGCUGAGUUAACCUUUUCCCCUACAGAUCCCAAAGAGAGUGGAUGAAGACAGGAAAAGAGUAGGGGCUGACAAACUAAGCACUGGUCCCUCCAACAUUUAUAGUUUGAGGUGGAGGAUUCAGCAAAGGAAACGGGCUGUCCUUUUUAUCCUGCUGAGAACUUCCUCCUUGCUUCCCCCAAAUAUCAGUGGAGCAGAUCACACUCUCCCUCUCAUCUUUGUCUUUAAAGCAAAUGAAUUUAUAACUUCCUUGCUCUUCCAUAGAUGUUGAGCCCUCACCCAACUCCUGGACAAUAGAACCUCAGUAUGAAACUUGGGUCUCAGCCAAUCCUCAAGCAACUGAGAGAGAAAUCUCUGGGUUAGAUGGUCAUCUGUGUAGAAUGAGUUUCUGUUCCUCAGGAGUAGCUAUUCCAAAGUCUGUAAUAUUCAGGUUAGGUCAGGGAUUCAGGUGCUCUUGCAAGUAGAUAUUACCAUCUUGUUCGUUUUGAAAGAAAAAAAUGGUGAAACAGAAGACAAAGUCAGUUUUAAGUUAUAUAGUACUAGUGCUUUAAUGUCUGAAUAUCUUGAAGUGAAAAAAACAAUGAAAACAAAAGAGUGAACAGAAAAAAGGGAAGAUGAGCUAACACUCCAAAGACCCCAUUGUGAUUUUGCCUUAUUAUACUAAAUCUGUAGAUCAAUCUAUAAGAUUUGACCUCUUUACAACACAACCAUUUGUACGUCUUUUAUCUCGGUAGUUUCAGAGGCUUCUAUUAAUGUCUCUAAAUUUAUUUUACCAAAUUUAUUUGUAGGGCUUUUUUUGGCUUCUCUUCUAAAUAAAUGUGAACCCUUCUCUGUC